AUCAUUCUUCAACAGAUUUCUGCACACUCCACCUCAAACCGCAGCUGAGCUCAGAGCGAUGAAUCCUCAAGGUUACCCGAGUGCUCCGGUUCCACCGCAGGGAGUGCCGUAUGGACAGCCUGAAGGCCCUGGAAUGGUUCAGCACACCACUGUGAACAUCAUCGAAGAGCCUCCACAGGACCACAUCAUCUGGUCCAUCUUCAGCUUUGUCCAUAUGAACCCUUGUUGCCUCGGACUGGCAGCUCUCAUCCACUCCGUCAAGGCCAGAGACCGGAAGAUGGUUGGAGAUCUGCAAGGGGCCCAACACUACGGUUCCACUGCUCGUUCCCUCAACAUCGCCGCCACCGUCCUGAUUGGCCUCAUUUGUCUUAUUCUCAUUAUUGUAUACAGCAUCAUUGGUGAACAAAUCAGUGCUAUGCAACAUUCAUAUGGCCGUUACGGAGGGUAAAUGUCACAUUGUGUGUGUGAGGCUUGUAGCUUUUCUAUCAUUUUCCAUCUUUAUACUUACAUGCUGAAACGAAAAAAAGACCUGCAUUUCAUUGCUGUUACAAGAGACUGAAAUGGAACUCAUCUUUAUUUCUCUCGUGACAUUUUAACAUUUUACAAUCUGAAUUCUCAUUUCCUGUUCUCUGCGUCUGAACAAUUGUUUUAUAAAGCAACUUUCUGUGCCAAUAAAGGUGUUUUGUAUUUGCAUA